AUGGACAACAGCCAUUACAGCAACGCAUCGAGGUAUCCAAUCCACAACAGAAGGUUUGUCGAACAGAAAAAGAGCAACCAUGAACAUGUGCCUUUAUCGCUUCUUUUCAAGGCGAUAACACAAGAAGCAAAACAUAACAGAAACUUUGCGAAUGCUGAAUGGCUUUAUGAAGAAGUGAUGGUCGACUAUCAUUCCCGGGAGCAAAAAGAAGGAUGCUUUACUAAAAGCGACGACAGAUUGUUUGCAAUGAUUGCUGGCACCAUGGUGCGAUAUGCUUCAACACCUGGACGAGCCAUGCAUUAUGCAACUUUAUUCUACAAAGAUUUCAACGAACGUAUCAGAACACCUAGCAGAGAGGUUAUCAUCUUAACCAACCUGAUCUUUGCUCAUACGAAUCAUCCAACACCAGAAAACAUGCAAAUAGGGUUGGAAGUGUACAAAGUUGCGCUGCAACUAGGGGUGUAUAGACAUGAUCCAGCAAUCUUCUUGGAUCACUCAGUUGGCCAAUCCUUCUCAAAUCCCAUCGAGGUCUUUACUACCGUCUCCAAAAAAGUUCUGCAGUACCACGACCUGUAUCUGUCACCAGAUAAGACAGAGCUUGUACCCUCUACCCACAUGUUUUCGCGAUAA